AAAAGAGAUGGACGAAACUGGAGACAAACCCUUGGAGAGUGAGGAGAGCAGUUUUAGGACAACUCCCGAGUCUUGCUUUACUGUGAGCCAUACAGGAGAAAGGCAUGGGGAAAAUGCAAUAGCACAACAUCUAGCAACACACACCGGUAAGAAACCCUACAUGUGUGAGGAGUGUGGAUACGGGACAACUAAGAGGUCCAACUUAUCCCGACAUAUGAGAACCCAUACAGGAGAAAAACCCUACAGGUGUGAUCAGUGUGACUAUUCUGCGGCACAGAAAUUUACACGGAAGUCCACCUUAGAUGAUCAUAAAGCAAAACACACCGGUGAGAAACCCUACAUGUGUGGGGAGUGUGGGUACAGGACAGCUUACAAGUCAGACUUAUGCCGACAUAUGAGAACCCAUACAGGAGAAAAACCCUACAAGUGUGACCAGUGUGACUAUUCUGCAGCACGAAAAUCUGACUUUGACAAACAUCUAGCAACACACACCGGUGAGAAACCCUACAUGUGUGAGGAGUAUGGGUACAGGGCAAAUCAAAAGCAACACUUAUCCAAAGAUAUGAGAACCCAUACAGAAGAAAAACCCUACAAGUGUGACCAGUGUGACUAUUCUGCAGCACGGAAAUCCACUUUAGAUGAUCAUAGAUUAAAACACACUGGUGAGAAACCCUACAUGUGUGGGGAGUGUGGGUACAGGACAGCUUACAAGUCAGACUUAUGCCGACAUAUGAGAACCCAUACAGGAGAAAAACCCUACAAGUGUGAGGAGUGUGACUAUUCUGCAGCACGAAAAUCCACCUUAGAUAAUCAUAAAGCAAAACACACUGGCGAGAAACCCCACAUGUGUGGGGAGUGUGGCUACAGGGCAACUCAAAAGCCACACUUAUCCCAACAUAUGAGAACACAUACAGGAGAAAAACCCUACAAGUGUGACCAGUGUAGCUAUUCUGCAGCCUCUAAGUCUGCCCUAACUCAACAUGUAAAAAUUCACACGGAGGCACCAACUCUGCAACUGUGACCAUCUCGUAGUGACAUUUAGUGUACAUAAUCUUGUCUUAAGUAUAGUUUCUCUAUCUUAAUACCAAGCUUACGGAUACGGCACAAUAAGUUUGAAAACAUUUAGGAUAGCUAGAUUACUGAUUAUAAGGUAUAAUAUUUGCAAGCCAUAGGCAAAAGAUUUUCCUUAUGUGUUAUAGUCUGUCACUUUUGUCCGCUGUAUUUGUUAUCACUGUAAAACUAUGGUUUAGUUACAAGAAAAAUUAUUAGCCAGCCUAAUGUGCUCUGUGCAAGUAUUGAAUAUUUUUGAGAAAGAAAACACAACAUGUUUUUUUAUAUCGAAGCUUGUUGUACAUGUACAUAAGUUGUAAUUAACACCAUUAAAUGAGUGGAU